GCUUGCGAUAGCUGCAAGUCCCGCAAGCGACGUUGCUCCGGAGAGCUGCCAUGUUCUGCUUGUCGUACCAAUGGCUCGCACUGCACAUAUCUGGCUUCCUACACACGAGGAAGGCUGGUCCAGCCACUGCCUUCGGCACACCAUGACACCUCGUCUCCCGCCCUACAUACCCCGAUCCCCCGACAGCAAUUUGCUCCUCCGCUUGCAUUCGAGCCUGUUGCACAGCACAAUGGCGUCGAGAGUAAUGCAAGGACAUCGAGAGCGGCCUCUCCAGAAGCUGGCUCGACGAAUCUCGGGCAGUAUCUGGGUCCCACGUCGCCUUACACCUUUCUCCGCCGCGCUUGGAAGCGCUUUGAGAGGGAUGGUGCAAAACUGCUGUCCGCCAGUGCAGCUCAGGACGAUCUUGGGCAAUCCGAUUCGGUCUUUUCGUACGGCGAUCGCCAGGCACCGCACGUGGAACCAGAAGACCAUUUCCGCCUGCCAGAUGUCGCCACCACUUCACUGCUCCUGGCACAGUAUUUCGACCUCGCAAUGCCCACGUACAGGUUCUUGCACAAGCCAACCAUAGCACAGUGGUUGGCGACGUAUCAUCAGGUCGAAGCAGGUGUGCAGGGUGCAACACUUCUUCCAAUCCGUCAGGCUGUAGUUCUGCUCGUGCUGGCUUCAGCUCGACUAAUCAAUGCAGAUGAAUCACAGCAUAUAUUCGGACCAGAUGACACGUCGCGAAAGGAGAGUGAACGCUUCUUCAACGCCGCUCAAGCAAGAAUGACCAUCGAGACUGGCAAGCCUCGAUUGGAGUCAAUCCAGGCCAGGCUGGCCAAGUGCCUUUUCCUGCUCCACACCUCUCGGCCAAAUCGCGCGUGGUACGAGUUCGGCACAACCAUUCAACUCAUCAUGGCUCUCGGCCUCCAUAGAGCCUCGAAUAUCCCCACAAAUCAGCAAGACCACAUCGCGAGAGAAUGCAGGAAACGAUGCCUGUGGGCCGCGUCCACCCUCGAUACGUAUCUUAGCGUGAUUCUUGGCCGCCCUGCAUUGCUCCACUUGGAAGACAUCGACCAAACGAUGCCAGAUCCUGUCGAAGACGAAGACCUGACUGCUCAGGGCAUCGUUCAAGACCAUGCACCUCGUGACAGCGUCAUCAAAGCAUCAAUUCUCCACGCCGAAAUCACGAGAAUCGUCAAGAAGGCUGUCCACGAACAUCAUUCCGUCGAAAGGAAACGAUCACAACAAAAGCUCGAGACCGCAGCAAAACUCAACGCCGACACUGCAGCAUGGCACGCCUCUCUACCCGUCGUCCUCUCAGGCGCCAUUCACCCAUCCAGUCUGAUCCCCAUCUUCCGCCGCCAGAUCACAGUCCUCCAGCUAGCCCACUGCCACGCCCAAAUGAUGAUAAACCGCCCCGCGCUCCUCUUGGACUCCUCCCACACAGCCCUGAAAGAAUCUCAAAUCAACACCUGCCUCUCCGCAGCCAAAUCCACAUUGGACAGCACCCUCGCUGCAGGUUUCAGCAAACACACCUUCCAAUCCUUCUGGUACACUCAAUUCGUCUCUUUCAAUGCCUUGACCGUAAUCUACAUCUGGCUCAUCCAACGCAAACACGGACGUCUACCAGCUUCCAUAACAACCAGCGGCCCGUUCCAUGAAGACGAACUUCUCCGUUUGGCCGAAACUGUCCAAAAGGAUCUCAUGGAGGCGAGUCAAGGCAAUGCUCCGAGUUUGAGAUAUAGUAUCGUUCUGGAGGAGUUACAGCAAGAGGUUCAGAGA